CCUAUGCAUUCCUUCCCAGUCCUCUGAAUCCAAGCUAGCACCGAUGCUAUGAUAAACAACUCCGCUUUAGGAGGAAAAGCGAGAAGUUUGAUGAGUCUGAAGCUGUUUUCUGGAAGCCAUGACAGCGAUUAAAGAUGGAGAACACACGGCGACCAUCUACGGCCUGAUUAGAGACUGCCAGUAUGUGGAGGCUAUCCAGCUUCUAAACGGCCAACUUCAGAAACACACCAAGUCCAGGGCGGCUCUGUCUCUGCUGGGUUUCUGCUAUUAUCACAUCCAGGACUUCAGCAGCGCAGCAGAGUGCUAUGAACAGCUCACCCAGCUGCACCCAGAGGUGGAGGAGUACAAGCUGUACUACGCCCAGUCCCUGUACAAAGCUGGGGCUUACCCUGAAGCCACCAAGGCCUCUUUUGUCCUGGACAACCCCAGCAGCCAAUCAAAGAUGGUGAAGCUGCAGGCUUGUAUCAAAUAUUGUGAGGAAGACUAUUCUGCAGCCAAGUCGCUGUUGGAGCAGCUACCGAAGGAAGACCCAGACUACGUCUACAACAUGGGCUGUUUGCUCUACCAGGACGGCAAAUAUGAGGAGGCCUGCAAGAAGUUCAUCACAGCCACGCAGCUGCUGGGAUUCGUUCCAGCUUUGUCCUACAACAUCGCCCUGACCCACUACAGCAUGAAGAACUACAAUCAGGCCCUCAAAUGCGUCACAGAGAUCAUCGAAAGAGGAAUAAGGGAACAUCCAGAGCUGGACGUGGGGUUAAAAACGGAAGGCAUCGAUGAUCACAGCGUGGGGAACAGUCUGGUCCUGCACCAGUCUGCCCUGAUCGAAGCCUUCAACCUCAAAGCAGCCAGCAAGUAUCAGCUGAAGAACGGUAACCAUCCCAGUCCUGAGGUCAUUCCUUUAAAACGACACGAGUACUUUGACAUGGCGGCCGACGUCCUGGCAGAAAACGCUCAUCUCACCUACAAGUUCCUCUCCCCGUACCAGUAUGAGUUUCUGGACGCGUUGCUGACCAGCCAGGUGGCGCCAGAGGAGGCGUUCAGGAAGUUCGAGGAGAUGAACGGAAAACUGACGGAACAGCUCCGCAAGCAGGCAAAGCAGGUGGUUGGUUGUUCCUCCGCCCAGUUUAAAUCAUCCACUCUGGCCACCGCAGACGGGGUUAACGUUAGCCCUGGCCUCUGCAGACGGGCUAACAUCCUGAACGUGUGCGCCGUGGUUCUGGCCAACCUGUGCGUCUCCUACAUCAUGAUGAGCCAAAACGAAGAGCUGGGGACAGAUACUUGGUUCUACGCCAAGCGUUGUUUCCUCUCCCUGCUGGAGAACAUGGCCAAACACAUGGUCAUGCUGCGGGACGCUGUGGUGCAGGAGUGCAUUCAGUUCCUGGAGCAGUGUGAGGCUUACGGGAAGGAGGUGCCGGCCAUCAUCGAGGAGCCUCUGGAGGAGACCCCCCUUCACAUCGGCAGGAACACCGUCACGUUCGAGGCUCGGCUGCUCAAGGCUCUGUUCUACGAGGUGAUCGGCUGGAACAAGUGAAGCCUUUCAGGGACUGACCGGAAACAUCUGUGCAGCUGUGGAUGAACGGCUCCGACUCCUUUAAAGCUUUUCAUUUAGACAAUAAAAGUUUGAGCUGUGAAAAAAAACAAGCUUUUAUAAAUAAAUGGAUAUUUAUGAUAAUAAAAGGUAAGUUUUGGUAAAUUUGAAUAAAAUAUGUCAGAAAGUCACCUUG